GACGGUACUGGCCACCUGCGCGCCCGGGCCUCGCGCCUUUGAACGGAGAGGAAGAAGGAGGAGGGAGGCUUCGGCGUGGAGCGACCGAGCGCGCGAGUGAGCAUGGCUAACCAGGACGGUAACAACGCGCCUGGGUCGGCUAGUGGACCUGGGCAACAGCAUCCUGCUUUCUCUAACCCUCCUCCCAUGGUACCGCCACCCUUUAUGCCACCUCCGGGGAUUCCUCCCUUCCCUCCGAUGGGCAUGCCACCGAUGGGACAACGGCCCCCCAAUAUGCCUCCCAUGCCACCUGGCAUGAUGCCUCCUAUGAUGCCACCCAUUGGAGGGCCCCCACCUAUGGGCCAGAUGCCUGGUAUGAUGCCGCCUAUGAUGAUGAUGCAGGGAAUGCCAAACAUUCCUCCCAUUGCAGCUGCGGGGUCUGUAACACCCACUGAUACAAGUACUGGACCGGGUGCUCCAGCUGGCCAGGCUGUGAACCCUGCAGUAGCUGCAAUACAGCAGUCUGCAUCUGCAGGAAACUCUCCAGCACAGCAAGAGACUCAAAAAAAGAAAUCAUUAUGGACAGAGCACAAGUCUCCAGAUGGACGGACCUAUUUCUACAACAGCGACACCAAACAGUCCACCUGGGAGAAGCCCCUAGAACUCAAAUCCCCUGGAGAGAUGCUGGUGGCCUCAUGUCCUUGGAAGGAAUAUAAGUCUGACACAGGCAAGCCUUACUUUUACAAUGCUCAGACGAAAGAAUCUCGCUGGACCAAACCCAAGGAACUUGAAGACCUGGAAAAUAUGAUAAAGGCCCAUGAAGAUUCUGGGGGGCAGAUGGAGCUGCCCGUUCCAGCGGCUGUCACGACUGUGCAGGCGGCCAGCGGCACACCCGGCUCCACGGGCACAAGCUCCCCUGUGGAGAAUGGUGCAUCCCCCUCCGCGGCCGGAACCACAUCUGCCCUGCCGUCCUCCGCAGAUGGCACGCCACAGCAAGAUGGUGUUUCUCUCGCUGCUGGCGUCGCAGUCACAGCCACUGCUUCUGCCAAUGCCGUUGCCAUGGGGAAUGCCACCACAACUGUUCCCCCUGUCAUGGGAACAGUUAUUGGAGCGCCGACUGGAAUGGUCGCCGUAAUGCCUGGUGAAGUCAUUCCAGGCGCAGAAGCUAUUGCCGAGCAAGUGAUUGGCAGUGUUGUGAAAGAGGAUGGCAAGAAGAAAAAGGAGAAGAAAGUCUACACCUGGAACACUAAAGAAGAGGCGAGGCAGGCCUUUAAGGAUCUUCUGAAAGACAAGAAAGUUCCUGCAAGUGCAUCAUGGGAGCAAGCCAUGAAAAUGAUCAUCAAUGAUCCCAGAUAUAGCGCCCUGCCUAAGCUGAGCGAGAAGAAGCAGGCAUACAACGCAUACAAGACCCAGCGAGACAAGGAGGAGAAAGAGGAAGCGCGGCUCAAGGCCAAGGAGGCCAAGGAUCGGUUGCAGCGUUUCCUUGAGACGCAUGAGAAGCUCAACUCGUAUGUGAAAUACAGGAAGGCAGAGCAGAUGUUCGGGAGCAUGGAGGUGUGGAACAAUGUACAGGAGCGGGAUCGCAACGAGAUUUAUGAGGAUGUGAUCUUCUUCCUGGCCAAGAAGGAGAAGGAGGAGGCCAAGCGUCUACGUAAGAGGAACAUCCAGGCACUCAAGAGCAUCCUUGACAGCAUGACAAGCGUCACAUUCCGCACCACCUGGUCCGAGGCGCAGCAGCACCUUAUGGACAACCCCACAUUCGCGGAGGACGAGGAGUUGCAAAAUAUGGACAAGGAAGAUGCACUGAUAUGCUUUGAGGAGCACAUCCGUGCACUGGAGAAAGAGGAAGAGGAGGAUAAAGAAAAAGGCCGACUGAGAGAGCGCCGCAUGCAGCGCAAAAACCGUGAACUGUUCCAGCUGUUUUUGGAUGAGUUGCACAACAAUGGGAAGCUGCACUCCAUGUCUACAUGGAUGGAUCUGUACCCGGCCGUCAGUGCAGACAUUCGCUUUUCCAGGAUGCUGGGGCAGCCAGGUUCUACACCACUGGAUUUGUUCAAAUUCUACGUGGAGGACCUCAAAGCUCGCUACCACGAGGAGAAGAAAAUAAUCAAGGAUGUGCUCAAGGACAAGAACUUCAUGGUUGAGGUGAAAACGACGUUUGAGGAGUUUGCGUCCCUCAUCAGCUCUGACAAGCGUGCUGUAACAUUGGACGCAGGAAACGUGAAGCUCGCGUUCAACAGUCUGAUUGAGAAAGCGGAGGCACGUGAGAAAGAACGCGAGAAGGAGGAGGCCCGCAAACAGAAAAGAAAGGAGGCUGCAUUCCGCAACAUGCUGAAGCAGGCGACCCCUCCUCUGGAACACGACUCCAAGUGGGAUGACGUGCGAGACCGCUUCGUCAAUGACUCAGCCUUUGACCAGAUCACUGUAGAGUCGGAGCGCAUCCGCCUCUUCAAGGAGUACGUGGGUGCCCUGGAGGUGGAGUGCCAACACUACCACCCCAAACACAGCCGAAAGCACUCAAAGAAAUCUAAGAAACAUCGGAAGCGCUCUCGUUCCCGCUCGGGAUCUGAGUCAGAAGAAGACGAUCAUCACCACCGCGUGAAAAAGAAGAAGCGAUCUCGUUCCAAGUCUGCAUCCGAGCGCUCAAGCAGCGCUGAAUCUGGUGAAUACCGCAGCUCAAAGAAAUCAAAGAAACAUAAGAAGAAGAACAAAAAGAGAAGACACAGAUCAAACUCGGUCGAGUCAGAGGAAGUGAGGGAAAAGGAGAGGGACCGGCGGGAUAAGGACAAGGACAAAGACAAGGAUAAGGAGAGGCAUCGUGAGAAGGAACGCACAGACUCGCACAAAUCCCCAAAGCGCUCUGGCAGCAAAAAGGACAAGACGGGGUGGGACACCUCGGAGAGUGAGCUGAGCGAGGGGGAGCUCGAGAAGCGGCGUAGGGUCCUGCUGCAGCAGCUCGCCGAUGAUGCGAGGCGCAAGCGCGACACCACGGGGACGGGGCGCGAUGCGUGAACAAUACAGCGACAACAGAUCAACAGCACCAGCGCCUACAACAACAUAGGCACCCCAAAUGGUCCUCCAGAAAAUGUUUUUGUGCAGAAACGCAGUUAUUUUUCUAAUUGGAACACCCGAGAUGUUCCAAGGGAAGCCGUGCAUUCUGAGAAAUGACUACUUGUAAACUGAGGUAGGUGUGGGCAAGUUUUUGCUUUGGAUCGUAGCUAUUGGUGCUCGGUUUUCCUGCUUCCACAUCCAUCAAGUUCACAGCCAACUUAAGUGAUGAUCCAAUGAUCAGAAAAAAGACAAUUGUUAUGCUUGGCAUUUGAAACCACAUUGGAUUAAUACAAAUAUGGGAGUAAUUUUCCUUUAUGUGAUGUGAAUAUGCAUUUGCCAGAUACAUGAAAGUAUGAUCUAUUCUAUUUUGUUACAAUGUCAUCUGGGCUAUGUGGAAGGUUUCUGCUCGGUUAAAAUCCCCUUUUAAAACUCGUGUUUAGUCGUGUAUGAGGAGUGCACGGAAAUAAACAUUUCUCAACCGGAAAAGUUGUGCUUCAUGAAAUAAUCUUGACGAUUUAGAGGUUUGCUUGUUAAAUAUUUCCUGCAGCUUUUAUCGUUCACCUAUUUGAAUUGUAUAUUGCGUUUGCGACCAAGGUGAACAUUAUCCUGUGUCACUGCUGUAUAUUUGGUACUUAUUAAAAGUUCCAAUGGAAAAGCAACAAAAAUAUGACCGAGAAGGUGGUGCGUCACCAAAUGACUUACCUUGAAUAGCACAUUUUUUUGUUGAGUACAAAAAUAUAUUUUCAUUAAUACAUUUCCCCCUUUUUGUAUCAUUGUAUCCUAUCAUUUAGCGGCCAUGUAAAAUACGCCCUUACAGGUGUUUUAAAUUAAUGUUUUUAUUUGCUUUAAGACCGAAAUUUUAAUUCUUUGUUUCACGAUUUACUGUUGUGUAAUGUUUAUUUUGCAACUUACAUUUUUGAUGACACCAAAAGGUGUUCGCAACUUGGCAUAUUUUGUUUUGAGAGGGAGGCAGCAGUCUUAUUUUUUUAGAAAAAUAUUUGUCAAACGUUGGUUCCAGUUGCGUUUAAGUUGACGUUUAGUUGAAAAAUAAACAUUUUCGAAAAAAUAUUUAAAA